AUGAGCGAGGCAGACAAUGCCAUCAAGCCCGCCGAGGCUGUCGUGGCUGUCGAGACUGUCGAAGCCGUCGAGGCCGUCGAGGAACCUACUACUGCCACUUCUGAGUCUGUUCCUGAAGUGACUCCUGAAGUUGCUCCUGAAGCCGCUCCUGAAGCCGCUCCUGAAGCCGCUCCCGAAGCCGCUCCCGAAGCCGCCCCAACGGCGGCUGCUGCCACCAAUGGCCAAACCGAGAAGAAAAUCCUGAAGACCACGACCAGAAUUGACCCCGACACCCGCCAAAAGUACAACAAGUUCGACCCCAGCCAGCGCGAGGUCUCAGAUGACCCUGUUGCCAUUCGCAAGCAGGUCGAAUUCUACUUUGGCGACUGGAACUUCCCCCAGGACAAGUUCAUGUGGGAGAACUGCGGCGGCUCCGAGAACAAGCCUAUCGCGGUCGAGAAGAUUCACUCCUUCAAGCGCAUGCGCACCUUCCAACCCUAUAGCGCGGUUGUCGCCGCCCUGCGCGACAGCGAUUUUCUCGAUGUAGAAGGCGAUGAAGGCCGGGAGACGCUCAAGCGCAAGGUUCCUUAUCAGGCCAUGGGUAACGCGCGCGCCAAGACCGAGGCCUCGACCAUCUACGUCAAGGGCUUCGGCGACGAGACGCCCAACACACAAUUUGAGAUGGAGAGCUUCUUUGCGCAGUUUGGCGAGUUCAAGGGCCUGAAACUGCGCCGCACUCCCGAGGGCCUGUUCAAGGGCUCCGUCUUUGUGACCUUUGCCAGCGAGGACGCGGCCAAGGACUUUGUGAGCAAGGAGCCGGCGCCCAAGUGGAAGGAGCACGACCUCAAGAUUAUGACCAAGCAGGCGUACUGUGAGGAGAAGAGCGAACUCAUCCGCGCCGGCAAACUAGAACCCAACAGCACCACGAGCAAGAAGUUCUUUGAAGGCCAAGAAGGCGGUGGCCGCCGCAACGGCAGCGGGGCACGUGACCAGGACGACUGGAAGAAGCGCCGCGAACACGAUCAGAAGAACGGAUUCCGUGGCGGUCGCGGAGGUCGAGGUGGCCGGGGCGGCCGCGGUGGCCGUGGCCGUGGUGGUGGUGGCUUCCGUGGCGGUCGCCGCGAUAACGAGGAUCGCGGCAACAAGCGCUCUCGCGAGGAGGACACUGGUGGUGAGGAGCGCUCUGCCAAGAAGGUCGAUACCAAGGUGGAGGCGUAA